AUGUCUUUGAAGCUUCCUCAGAACCCGAAUGCGGGCCUUUUUAAGCAGGGUUACAAUUCCUAUUUGAACGCCGAUGGACAGAUCAAUAAGUCCAUUGCAGCCGUCAAAGAGAUCCAUCAGAUGUGUCUCACAUCUAUGGGACCUUGUGGUCGCAACAAGAUCAUCGUGAACCAUCUGGGGAAAAUUAUUGUAACGAACGACGCCGCCACAAUGCUAAGAGAAUUGGACAUUGUUCACCCGGCUGUCAAAGUACUCGUAAUGGCCACUGAGCAGCAAAAGGUCGAUAUGGGAGACGGUACAAACCUAGUGCUUGUCUUGGCCGGUGAACUACUGAAUGUGAGCGAAAAAUUGAUAGGCUUGGGUCUUUCCCCGAUCGAAAUCAUCCAGGGCUACAAUCUGGCCAAAAAUUUCACACUCAAAGAGCUUGACGCCCUUUGCGUCGACGAAGUGACCAACAAACACAGCAAAGAGGAGCUUGUCAAAAUCAUGAAACCCGUCAUUUCAUCCAAACAGUACGGUUCUGAAGACAUUUUGAGUGAACUCGUUGCCGAAGCUGUUUCACACGUUCUACCUUCCAAAUCCAAUAAUUUCAAUGUUGACUCCGUUAGAGUGGUCAAAAUAAUGGGUGGCUCGCUUGCAAACUCAGAAGUCGUGAAAGGUAUGGUUUUCAACCGUGAACCUGAGGGCCACGUUAAGUCAUUAGCUCCAGGUCAAAAGCACAAGGUCGCUGUCUUUACAUGCCCCAUCGAUACGUCAAACACAGAAACCAAGGGAACUGUGCUGCUGCAUAAUGCCCAGGAAAUGUUAGAUUUCACCAAAGGUGAAGAAAAACAGCUGAAUGAGAUGAUCAAAGAACUUGUGGAUGCAGGCGUCAGCUGUGUGGUGGCUGGAAGCGGCAUAGAUGAUCUGGCUCUGCAUUAUCUCAACAGAUACAAUAUACUUGUGCUCAAAGUGCCCAGCAAAUUUGAGCUCAGAAGAAUAUGCCGUGUGUGCGGCGCCACGCCCAUGGCCAGAUUGGGAGCUCCUACACCAGAAGAAGCGGGGAUCGUAGAGACCGUUAAGACCAUAGAAAUUGGUGGUGACAGAGUUACCGUCUUCAGACAGGAACAAGACGAAGUCACCAGAACAGCCACCAUCGUAUUAAGAGGUGCCACUCAGAACAAUCUAGACGACAUUGAGAGAGCUAUUGAUGAUGGUGUUUCUGCAGUAAAGGGACUCAUGAAACCCGACGGUGGCAAGCUUUUGCCCGGUGCGGCAGCCACCGAAAUCGAACUGGUUUCCAGAAUCACACAGUAUGGUGAGCGUACACCUGGUCUUCUACAACUAGCUAUCAAACAAUUUGCCGUGGCAUUUGAAGUGGUUCCAAGGACCCUAGCCGAGACUGCUGGUCUAAAUGUCAACGAAGUCCUUCCAAAUCUAUACGCGGCCCACACUAGCACAAACGAGGACGGAGUUUUCUACGGCGUUGAUAUCGACAGCGAGAGCCCAGAGGGUAUCAAGGACGUUAGACAAGAGAAAACAUUUGAUCUUCUGGCUGUUAAGAAAUUCGCUAUCAAUGUAGCGACUGAAGCAGCAACCACAGUUCUUUCUAUAGACCAGAUCAUCAUGGCCAAGAGAGCAGGUGGCCCACAGGUUCCAAAAGGACCGAAGCCUGGAAAUUGGGAUCAAGCUGAUUGA